CCCAGCAAAGGGGCGUAACGGGACCUCGGGGCAAACUUCAGGUCCUCUGCCCGCUCGUCCGCCGACCCCUCCGCCGGGCAGCCGGCGCGUCCCCAGCUUCCGCCCAGGCCUAGCUGAGUGAAGGCGGCGGGGAGAAUGAGCGCCGCGCAGCCAAUCCGGGGCGCGCUCCUCCGCUCCCAGCCCGCCCCCGACCUUCCAGUGCAGAGCAGGAUAGCGGCGCCACGGCGCGAGCAGCUGCGUGCGCGUCUCCUCCGGGCAGCGAGGGGAACCUGAGACUGCCGGCGCCCUGACCAUGUCCUCUCCCGGGCCGCCUCAGCCCCCAGCUGAGGACCCGCCCUGGCCCACGGGCCUUCUGCGUGCCCUUCUGGGGCUGCUGCGGCUGGACCCGAGCGGCUGCGCGCUGCUGCUGUGCAGCCUCGUAGCGCUGCUGGGCUGGAACUGGCUGCGGCGGCGCCGGGCACGGGGCAUCCCGCCCGGGCCCACGCCCUGGCCCCUGGUGGGCAACUUCGGUUACGUGCUACUGCCCCCCUUCCUCCGGCGGCGGAGCUGGCUGAGCAGCAGGACCAGGGCCGCAGGGAUUGAUCCCUCGGUCGUGGGCCCACAGGUGCUCCUGGCUCACCUAGCCCGCGUCUACGGCAGCAUCUUCAGUUUCUUUAUCGGCCACUACCUGGUGGUGGUCCUCAGCGACUUCCACAGCGUCCGCGAGGCACUGGUGCAGCAGGCCGAGGUCUUCAGCGACCGCCCGCGAGUGCCACUCAUCUCCAUCGUAACCAAGGAGAAGGGGGUUGUGUUUGCACAUUAUGGUCCCGUCUGGAGACAACAAAGGAAGUUCUCUCAUUCAACUCUUCGUCAUUUUGGGUUGGGAAAACUUAGCUUGGAGCCCAAAAUUAUUGAGGAGUUCAAAUAUGUGAAAGCGGAAAUGCAAAAGCACGGAGAAGACCCCUUCUGCCCUUUCUCCAUCAUCAGCAAUGCCGUCUCUAACAUCAUUUGCUCCUUGUGCUUUGGCCAGCGCUUUGAUUACACCAAUAGUGAGUUUAAGAAAAUGCUUGAUUUUAUGUCACGAGGGCUAGAAAUCUGUCUGAACAGUCAAGUUCUCCUGGUCAACAUAUGCCCUUGGCUUUAUUACCUUCCCUUUGGACCAUUUAAGGAAUUAAGACAAAUUGAAAAGGAUAUAACCAGUUUCCUUAAAAAAAUCAUCAAAGAUCAUCAAGAGUCUCUGGAUAAAGAGAACCCUCAGGAUUUCAUAGACAUGUACCUUCUCCACAUGGAAGAGGAGAGGAAAAAUAAUAGUAAUAGCAGUUUUGAUGAAGAGUACUUAUUUUAUAUCAUUGGGGAUCUCUUUAUUGCUGGGACUGAUACCACAACGAACUCUUUGCUUUGGUGCCUGCUGUAUAUGUCGCUGAACCCCGAAGUACAAGAGAAGGUUCAUGAAGAAAUUGAAAGGGUCAUUGGCACCAACCGAGCUCCUUCUCUCAUGGACAAAGCCCAGAUGCCCUAUACAGAAGCCACCAUCAUGGAAGUGCAGAGGCUAACUGUGGUGGUGCCGCUCGCCAUUCCUCAUAUGACCUCAGAGAACACAGUGCUCCAAGGGUAUACCAUUCCUAAAGGCACAUUAAUCUUACCCAACCUGUGGUCAGUACACAGAGACCCAGCCAUUUGGGAGAAACCAGAGGAUUUCUACCCUAAUCGAUUUCUGGAUGACCAAGGACAACUAAUUAAAAAAGAAACUUUUAUUCCUUUUGGGAUAGGGAAGCGGGUGUGUAUGGGAGAACAACUGGCAAAGAUGGAAUUAUUCCUGAUGUUUGUGAGCCUAAUGCAGAGUUUCACAUUUGCUUUACCUAAGGAUUCUAAGAAGCCCCUCCUGACCGGAAGAUUUGGUCUAACUUUAGCCCCACAUCCAUUUAAUAUAACCAUUUCAAGGAGAUGAAGAGCAUCUCCAAGAAGAGAUGGUUAAAAAGAUAUAUAAAUACAUAUCCUUCUAAGCAGAUUCUUCUUACUGCAAGAGACAGUCAAUCCAGCAUCUCAGUAGAUCCAGGUUAGGCCCAGAUUGGAGCGAUCGGAAGAGAGUAGAGCACACUGGGAGCUUUCAUCUUGGAGGAUUCCUCAGCAGGAUACUUGAGCCAUUUAGUAAUGCAGGUCUGUGAUUUGGGGGAUAGAAACUGAAGUACCUAGGAAACAGGAGAUCUGGAUUUUAUUUGCAGUGGCUUCCACUGAUGGACCAAUUUCUCAUUUCUCAGUGCCUCAGACAUCCCAUAUGUAAAAUGAGAGUAAUAAAAAUUGGCUUCUCUCUACCUCUCAGCACUAAUGAUGGUGAAAUGCCUUACAUCUUUUCUGAUAUCUCUAAAAUGCUGUUUCGUUCUGGAGAAGAAAUUCAGGAGAAGAAGAUCUACCUGCUGGCUUUUAAAGACCUCUGACAACAUGAAAGUGGUGUUCAGCCUGGAAUGCUUUGUCAUAGAUGAGUGUGGAUUUAGGUUAUACUGGGGGAGAACUUUUCUCAGCACAGAUUCUAUGCCAGCUUCUUUGGACUUGUUCUGUUAUUAUCUUUUUAUGAUUUUAGUUUUUACUUUUUGUAGAUAUGGGAUGAAGUAGACCCUGUUGUGUAUAUUGAGGAAAAAGAAAUUAUGAUUUUUAAAAAUCCCAUGUAGGAUCAUUGUCUAAAUUUAUAUGUCUACCUUCUACUUCAACUACAGGAAGCGAGUCUUGCUAAAUAAGUAGCUUCAUGGCAGAAUUCCUUUCUGCUGAGUUAUUUGCAAAGAUGCAGCUCUACCUUUUGACUUAAGGCCUGAAUGGUGAGCUUGGGGAUUUUGAUACUGGGACUCAUCAGGAAAGGAUUCUGCUUUCAAACUAUACUGAACAUUCCUGUCCUAGCCUCCCUGCCACCAGGCCCAAUGUAUCUGAUCCUUGAAUAUACUCUCAAAGAAAGGAAGACAUUCUUAUUCUUUUUCUUAAGAAAACUUAAAUUGUUUCUAAAUGUAGAAGGCCCCUCUGGAAGAGCAAUUUUCAGCAGAGGUGGUAACCCCUUCAGAGGGUGUUUGGAAAUGUGUGGGUGUGUUUCUUGGUUAUAAUGAAGCGGGUGUUACUGGCCUUCUGCUGCCAUGGCACCAGAUGCUAAAUGUCAAGGUAGUCCUAUACAGUGAAGAAUUAUCCUGCUCAAGAUGCCAGGAUUUCCCCCAACGAGAACAUGCUCCGAAGAAUGGCCACUCCUUUCUUUUAUUCUCCCACAGUGCUCCAUGUACAGAAGUAAGCAUAGCAGUAAUAUGAACAGCCAUAUUCCUGAACCUUUCCUCAUGCUGGCUCUCCACUUAAUGCUUUACUUGUAUGUUUCUGUAAUUCUUACAGAAAUUCUACUAAGAGGGUGGCAUUCUGUAGCUGAUGAAGCUGAGGCUUAGAGAAGGUAAGGCAAAAAGUUAAAAAGUUACAUGACUGCAUGUCAAACCUACUGGUCUCUGUGACUAAAGAACGCUUUCAGAACCACUUCUCAACUCUGCCACCACUUGAUCCCAUAGCAGACUACCCCCUUGACCUCAUGCUGGAGUUGUAUAUGUCCAUCUUCAUCCCAUGCUGAGCUCCUUGAGGUGAAGAUGUGCUGUUUGACUACCUUACAGUGCCUUGGUCUUGGUGGAUGCCCAGUCAUCUUGUGAAUGACUUUUAAGAAGUGUACUUAAGAGAAAAAUCCUACCUUAUUUGAAUUAUUACAGGUAGUAUUUUUGUUAUUGUCUUUUUGUUCAAGAUUUUAGUUUUUGCUAAAAGGUGAUAAAAAGUCAGGGCAUGUUAUUUGUUAAUAUCCACUAAACCCAGUUUUUAAAAAAUAACUGGACUUUUGUGUUUAUCAUUUAAAACAACCAUUUUAAACAAACUUGGAAUGAUGCCUUAGUUGUUUUU